AUGGAGACGGCUUAUGCAAAUAUUAAUGGGCAAAUUUGGUUGUUCUUUGAUGCAGUGGUGGAAUGGGAAUUAGUGGAGGAUACCGAGCAAUAUGUGACUGUGAGAGUGCUUCACCAUGACCUGGGGCAGCACAUGAUGAUGACAUUUGUUUAUGCAAAAUGUUCAGCAAUGGAGAGGUUGGAAUUGUGGGAUCACUUGUAUUACUUAGCAAGUGAUAUGAAAUUGCCAUGGUUGGUAGGAGGGGAUUUCAAUGUGAUAUUACAUGAAGAUGAGAAAAAAGGAGGACUAGUACACCCGCCUGAAUAUGAGGAUUUUGCAUUUUGUGUAAACUCUUGUGGUUUGUUUAAGCAAGGAUACAAAGGAAGUCCAUUUACAUGGUGGAAUGGGAGAUCCAAUGCUGCGUGUAUAUUCAAAAGAUUGGAUAGGAUCUUUGUGAAUUUGCCAUUUCAGAACAUGUUGCCAACUAUUGAAUUUGAACAUCUAAUCAGAACUGGAUCAGAUCAUGCACCAUUGUUAAUGACAUGUGGGGAGCAGACCACCAAAUUUGUCAAGCCUUUCAGGUUCUUGAACUUUUGGACUAAACAUGCUACAUUUAUGGAUGUGAAGCUCAAGAGGGUGAAGGCAGCACUGUCAAAAUGGAGUACGGAAACAUUUGAUGAUAUCUUCAAGCAGUUGGCUAUUUUGGAAGACAUUGUUAGGGUGAAAGAGACGUUGUUUGAAUAA